AAUUAUCAUCAGGAAUACAAACGGAGGCGACAAGAGUUCAUGCUUACACGAUUGGUGACCUUCGAACUUGACAAUCGAUAUCUGAUCGUGAGGUUUGUCCUCGAUCGUUGAUCAUGGAAGGACGCCUCGUGCUCAGUUUGAUCGCCCUCCUCGCUCUCUUUCUCGUCGCUCUUGCUGUCGAACCAACAGCAUAUCGAUCGCUUUUCUUCUUUCCCACCGCCACCCUCGCCCUAUACAUCGUUUUCUUCACCACUACUAGCAAUGCUCUGCUCGACAGUUCGAUAGGCGGCUGGAGCACCACCAUUGUCUUGUAUGCAUCGGACUACUUGGUCCUAACGACGGAUGUGCAACGGGAACUGCGUAAAUGUGACCAACAAGCGGGACGCAUAUCUAAGAAGUCCUUUCUGGCGCGCUUAAAAUGGGCUGCAGCCCUCUGUUUCAGUCUCGGCUGGGCUCAGCCUGCAGCAGUAUUACCACCCUGUACACGUCAGUCGGUGACCCAGCUUUGGCUGAAAGUUGGUCUAUGUCUACUGCUGCUUGAUGCCGGCAGUGCGUUGAACGGAUUAAAUCCUGCAUUUGUCAACAGAGAGUCAAUCACGUUGUAUGGGGUCAAACGGCGUUUUCUUAGCCUACUGGGCUUCGGAACGGGGACUGUUUCAGUUCUGAAUAUCCAACACUGUUUGCUGUUCCUUGUGACUGGUGAGAGGGUUACAUCGGCUUUAUUUGGGAGACUGGCGGAUGGCUAUACGGUGCAAAGAUUUUGGGGUACAUUUUUCGUCGUCCCUAUGCUCUCGUCCUCAUUCUACGUUAUCCUAGAAAGACCUGGCAUCAAUGCUUACGAAAAGUGCGCUGAAACUGGUUUUUUUGUUUCGUCGGCUGAUUUUCCCCUGGCCGUAGUUCUUAUUGUCGCAUGCGCGCUUCUUAGCAUAUCGUGUGCUUCGUCUGAGACGCGGAAGCUAUGCAGCCUUUUCCGUACAGCUUCAUAUUGCCUUUUUUAUAUCCGGCUUCUUGCAUCAGCUCCAGGAAUGUUCGGUCACCCGUCGGUGGGCGUAUGGUAACAAGAUUUCCUUUUGUUCCCAAGUUGGCGCAAUGGCGUUGGAACAAACGG